AUGGACUCCUUUGCUAUCGUGUCACGCCUCCAACAACAAGUCGACGACGACGUUCACGCAUUGGAUGAGAUGAGCCAAGUCUACCACGCUCACUCCCAACAUGUCGAGGAGGCCGAUGACUCCCCCACGCCCGUCAUCGACAGCUUCUUCAGUCAAGGCGGCAAUGCGUCACUGUCGACCAUGACAAACUUUACUCUUUCCGAGUUUGAAUCCAUUUGGGCCAUUGUUGAGUCAGCCAUGGAUGCAUUCUUCAUGGCAAUGUCCGUCCUCAAGCAUUGUAACGCGUAUGACAAACACGCCUUCGACUACAAGAUGAAGGCACCAACCUUUGAAAAAAUGAUCCACCGCGUCUUCGACACCGUGGAACUCAUUCUGUACGAGCACUUCGUAAAGCCGAUCAGCAUGACUUAUCAAGUUCAACACGGACAUACGUUCAACAACUUUCCCUCCGCUUUGUACUGCACCGAUGUGAAGUUCCAGCCAUCGUACCGUCCGACGGGCCGAUUUGACGAGGCCAAGCACUACUUUUCAGGUAAACACAAGUUGUAUGGCCUCAAGCUCGAGUAUUCCGUAGCAUACCCAGGUGUGGCUGUUGAUAUGUCCGAACACAGUCCUGGAUCUGUUGCGGAUGUGACAAUGUUCAUGCAUCGCCGGCAUGUCCAUAAAGACAUGCUUCGCAAGUCAGCGUCUGAGAUGGAAGAAGUUGAUCACGACGAAGGUGCUGAGGAGUAUCCAGACUCGUGGAGCAUACUGGUGGACAUGGGCUAUCAAGGGAUCCAACACGAAGUGCGGUCCAUGCAACCAAAGCGAAGACCUCAAGGCGGCCUUCUUACUGCACGAGAGCUUGAACGAAAUGACCGAGUGUCAUCGGAUCGAGUCCUGGCGAUACAAUGCACUGGCGUCAAAGCCAAAUGGUCCAUCAAGGGAUCGACGCGUGCAUUUUGCGUCCUCUAUUUUGACGCCAAGAAACUGCGUCGGCACAUCGACGACGAAGUUCUACGACUGUCGUCUGAGCCACCACACCCGCCACCAGUCCUCGAUGACGUGGAGCCGAAGCUUGCUCGUCCCUUCAAGGAAUACCUGGCCAAAACAUCAUUCGGUCAACGAUCCAUCGCGUUGGUCUACGCGUUGGAGGCAGUACGCCGCUAUGCGCGGCUGCAAACCUCGUGGCUCCGCGACAAGUUCUGCAGCGAAGAGCAGCAGUUUGCUUCCGCCGUGGACGUCUACACAAAGUUCCACGGCCUAAAGUUCGAGAAACAUUGCUCGACUUAUGGCAGCCAGGCCACUUUCGACAAAUUUCGAAAGCUGCGUGACCUCGUGCCACAGGAUUGGAAUGAGCUGACCCAGAAAUUCCCCGAUUUCUUGGACGCCAAACCGACGGCUCAUGCCCUUCCAGUUCAUGGUUACGACCAAGCGCCCGAAACCACUCGAUCGAGUGAUUUACGACUCUCGAGCUAUGAUAUCUACGGUCAAACGACCGGUCUCAGCCCGUUGCGCUCACAGCGCGACAUGCCCUUUCUCGUGCAUUCCACCAAAAUGCGGUGCGACGCGACUUCAACUUCCCACCCGAAUGGGUGGCGGUCCCGCCAGGGCAACUCCCACCACACGGCGGUGGCCAACGGAACCAACACGGCCAAAGUUGAAGGCGUCCCACCCCGACAAAAAGACCCACCAAUUGCCCACGCGGCGGCCUUGCCAAUGGCGGUCAACACUGAGGCGGCUACGCCCAAGGCGGCCCUGGUUAGGACCACGACGGUUAUUCAAACCGCGGCUACGCCCAAGGCAGCCAUUUCCAAUAAGGCUACACCCAAGGCGGCCGAAAAUGAGUUGCGUCUUCGGACCGACGCGAUCAACGUGACGAAAAGCUAUAUCCCGUCCAAGAUGACCGGCGAAGCCGCAGUCGCGGCAUCCACCAAGGUGGCCCCGGUGAAAAUACCGGAGGAAACGACCAUCGUCGCGGCACAGUUAGACGUUAGACUUUACGUCACUGGCUCGAACGGCGACCCGUUGGCGAUCUAUCUGCAGGACGUAUACCCCAUCCCAGAACUACACUUCAACCUCUUUUCGGUUGGUCGAGCCCUGCACAUGGAUCGACACCGAAUUGUCUCCAUCGAUCCCAAUAUGGACUCUAGUCACUUCAAGCACGACAUCGUGCUCCAGUCGCGUCACGCGAUGUCCCUUCAUCUUCCGCUCAACCGCAGCCAAGCGAACAACCACGGCGUCAUGCUGCGCCUAGCGCGCCUCAAGAGCUUCCAAACGCCUCAACACGUCGUGGGCUACGCCAGCGUUCGAAUAUACCGCACCAGAGGUGAAGGGCUCGCGUUAGGCCCGUGAUGGCCGCGAGUAC